AUGGCUCCACUUAACGAGUCUCUUGCAACAACCAUCGAUGUCAUCGAGACCAAACCUCUUGUCUCCCCAAUAACCAAGCCGGUUUUGCAAGAAAACUGUUUUAGCCUAUCCGAAGGGAUCUUGCGUGCCAAACACUCUUCCCCAAUCCUCUUUGAUGUUCCUCAAAACCUAACGUUCACACCGUUCUCAUCACACUCCAUCUCCACCGAUGCUCCUCUCCCGACACUCCUCCGUGUUCAAGCCAACGCUCACAAAGGAGGGUUUCUUGGAUUCACCAAAGACUCCCCUUCUGAUCUUCUCACAAACUCCUUGGGGAGGUUUGAAGACAGAGAGUUUUUAAGUGUUUUCCGGUUCAAGAUGUGGUGGUCCACUGCUUGGGUUGGAAAAUCCGGGUCGGAUCUUCAAGCCGAGACUCAAUGGGUCAUGCUAAAGGUUCCUGAGAUCGACUCCUACGUGGCUAUAAUACCCAUCAUUGAAGGAUCUUUCAGAGCUGCACUGAAUCCUGGUGAAAACGGUAACGUUUUGAUCUCUGUAGAGAGUGGCUCUACACAAGUGAAAGAGUCCUCUUUCAAUGCCAUUGCCUAUGUUCACAUUUGUGACAAUCCUUACAACCUAAUGAGAGAGGCUUAUAGCGCGCUACGUGUCCACAUGAACACUUUCAAGCUUCUAGAAGAGAAGAAGCUUCCGACAAUAGUUGACAAGUUUGGUUGGUGCACGUGGGAUGCUUGCUACUUAACCGUUGACCCAGCGACCAUUUGGACCGGUGUUAAGGAGUUUGAAGAUGGUGGCGUGUGUCCCAAGUUUAUCAUCAUUGAUGAUGGAUGGCAAAGCAUAAGCUUUGAUGGUGAGGAGCCAGGGAAAGACGCUGAGAAUCUUGUCCUUGGUGGUGAGCAGAUGACUGCGAGGCUUCACAGCUUCAAGGAGUGCAAGAAGUUCAGAAACUAUAGAGGUGGUUCCUUUAUAGAGUCUGAUGCUUCUCACUUUGAUCCUCACAAGCCAAAGAUGAUCAUCUACAAAGCUACCGAGAGGAUUCAAGCCAUUAUAGAGAAGCAGAAGUUGAUCCGUGAGUUUGGGGAACAUGAUCUUCCUGAACUUGAUGAGAAGAUCAAGAAGUUUAGUGAAGAACUCAACGCAAUGUUUGAUGGUGAACAAGUCUCUUUGGGUUCUGAGGAUGUUUCCGGCUCAGGUAUGGAAGCUUUCACUAGGGAUUUGAGGUCAAGGUUUAAGAAUUUAGAUGGUAUAUAUGUGUGGCAUGCUCUUUGUGGUGCUUGGAAUGGUGUUAGACCUGAGACCUUAACACAUUUGCAAUCCAAGGUUGUUCCAUUUGAUAUUUCACCUGGUCUAGAUGCUUCCAUGACUGAUCUCGCGGUCGAUAGGAUUGUGGAAGCUGGUAUUGGUCUUGUUCAUCCUUCUAAGGCUCAUGAGUUUUAUGAUUCAAUGCACUCUUAUCUUGCUAGUGUUGGAGUUACAGGAGCCAAGAUUGAUGUCUUUCAAACGUUGGAGUCAGUAGCAGAAGAGCAUGGAGGAAGAGUGGAGCUUGCUAAGACUUACUAUGAUGGUUUGACCAAAUCCAUGGUGAAGAAUUUCAAUGGAACUGAGAUCAUUGCUAGUAUGCAACAAUGCAAUGAGUUCUUCUUCCUUGCCACAAAGCAAAUCUCUAUAGGCAGAGUUGGUGAUGAUUUUUGGUGGCAAGACCCACAUGGUGACCCACAAGGAGUGUAUUGGCUACAAGGGCUACACAUGAUUCAUUGUUCUUACAACAGUCUCUGGAUGGGUCAAAUGAUUCAACCGGAUUGGGACAUGUUCCAAUCAGAUCAUGUCUGUGCUGAGUACCAUGCAGCGUCUAGAGCCAUCUGUGGUGGACCUAUCUACCUCAGUGACCAUCUUGGCAAAGCCUCCCAUAACUUUGAUCUCAUCAAGAAACUUGCUUUCUUUGAUGGUACUGUCCCAAGGUGUCUCCACUAUGCUCUCCCCACUAGAGAUUCUCUCUUCAAGAACCCUUUGUUUGACAAAGAAUCAAUCCUCAAGAUCUUCAACUUCAACAAGUUUGGAGGAGUGAUUGGAGCAUUUAACUGUCAAGGAGCUGGUUGGAGCCCAAAAGAGCAUAGGUUCAAGGGUUACAAAGAGUGUUACAUGUCUGUUUCAGGAACAAUCCAUGUCUCGGACAUAGAGUGGGACCAAAACCCAGAAGCUGUAGCAUCUCAAGUGAUCUACACUGGAGAUUACUUGGUCUACAAGAACCAAUCUGAGGAAAUCCUUUUCAUGAACUUGAAAUCUGACGCGAUGGAGAUAACCCUAGAGCCAUCUUCCUUUGAUCUGUUUAGUUUCGUGCCUGUCACGGAACUAGGAACUUCAGGGGUUAGGUUUGCGCCUCUAGGGUUGAUCAACAUGUUCAACUGUGUUGGAACAGUUCAGGAGAUGGAGGUUACUGGUGAUAACAGCAUUAGUGUUGAAGUGAAAGGAGAAGGAAGUUUCAUGGCGUAUUCGAGCUCUGCUCCAGAGAUGUGUUACUUGGAGGGCAAGGAAGCUGAGUUUAAGUGGGAAGAGGAAACUGGUAAACUCAGUUUCUAUGUUCCUUGGGUUGAAGAAUCUGGUGGCAUCUCUCGUCUCUCGUUCACUUUUUAA